AUGACGAACGUGCUGUCCUAUUACCAUAAGAUGGAGAACGUUGCCGUCCGUUAUAAAUUCGACUGCAGUGGUCAGAUGAUAGUGACCAUCCCGACCACAUACACUUCUUUGGAAGAGACAAAAGUUCUGCUUACCGUUGAUAAGAACGAUGGGAACCCGCCCACUUUCACUCAGCCUUACCUCAUUGACAUGAGCAGUGGUCAACGCCUCACAGCGACUUCAGCGGGAACUUAUUAUUCGUUCUACAUACUUCCAUCCAACGUGACUUCCGUUCGUGUAGACGGACCAACACCUGGCUUGACCUGUUCUUUGAGAGCAUUUGUCAAUUCGGAUAGUACAGUGCUACUCAGUUACACGGACAAUUCGGCUAUCGAUAUUGGGAAUGCUAUUCGAUCUCAAGGUAUUCCACAGUCCAUCACCGCUCUUCCAAUCGAUUUUCCUGACUCAGUAGCGGUCUUUGCCCAAUCUGUGAAUUCGACUGAUGAAACGCAACUUGGAACACUGUAUUAUGGCAAACGUAGAAACGACAGCACAUAUUCAGUGAUUUUCGCCGACCACAAUGACUGCACUCCAGGACCUUACACUACGGGUUUUAUUAUUCGAUAA